AUGACUGUGGGAAACGUGCUGUCUCAGAUGGGAAUCGGGACGAAACAUGCCGCUGACAGAUAUUCCGACUACCACGGCGGCGGCGCAUCGCACGAGCCGCACGUAGUUUACUCCUACGAUCCGCACGCUCAUAGCCAUGUUUCCUCUAAACACAGUUACCACAGCUACGGCAAGAAGAACCACGCAGCCAUGUCGGCCCUUACCCUGCUGGCUUUUCUGUUCUUCCUUCACAUCCUCCAGCAGUGCCUAAGAGAACACAUGCAGUCCAUGAGCACACCUCAAGUCAUGAUCAUGACCGCGGGCCGAGAAGGAGAACAAAAGUUAUCGAAAAUAAACACCAAAAUGGAUAAAAGUGGCGUCACCGAAAUCGACACCACAACGCAGCGGGCAAAGGAACGCAUAAAAAAUAAAAGCCAUAGACAACGCGACGAUGAAAGAAAACGCGACGAAAAUGGCGGCAAAAGUACGUUGACGAAAAUAAAAACCGCGCAGCACACACCGAUAAUGAAUCCGCAAAGUUAUAAACAUUUGUACCAAGAUUACUCGAGCCGAGGACAUUCCUUUCAUGAAAUAUCAAGUCCUGUAAACGUAGAUUAA